AUGUCUAGUACUUAUGGAGCCAAAGGCUUGUCGUUACGUGGUAAUGCUCAGAAGCUUGUUCGGCAAAAUGCUAAGAGCAACCUUCAUUCUGAGAAUGCUUUGAAGACAACAGUGACUGCUACCGUUUCUACUCAGAGAUCGGCUGCUAUAAUCACCAAGUCAACUCAACCUACUACUUUCACUGUAUACCGCGACUCUCCUUCCCCAGUAUGUGAACAGGAGAAUAAUAUUAUAUAUCAAAUAGAGAAAAAAAUUCGCGAAGAAAAGUCGAAGGAAGUAUGUAACAAUUCUCCGAAAGAAAAAAGAAAGCCUCUAACUGUUCUCAAAGAGAACACUUAUGAAUUAGAAGAAGAAAUUUUUACUGCAUGCAACUCUGGCGCGACGUCAACAAGACAGGAACUGUCGAACUUCAACCUCAAUGACGAUGAUAAAGCGACGCAAUCUUCGUAUGAAAGCGUACCCGACUUCGAAGGUGAACGAAGUGAAUACGAGUCUGCUUUAAGUCAAAAGGAUUCUGAAGAUCUUAUAUUCUCAGCUCCAGAGUUUUCUCAUGAUAUCUAUUUGUAUAUGAGAGAUCGAGAAAUAAAAGUCAGAGCUAAGCCUAAUUUUAUAUCCAAGCAACCUGAGAUCAGUCAGGAAAUGAGAUACAUUCUGAUUGAUUGGUUGAGUGAGGUGGCCACAGAAUACAGUCUUCAUCAAGAAACUUUACAUUUGGCUUCAUCACUUGUUGAUCGAACAUUGUCACGUUUCAAAGUAGAAAAGCAGAGACUUCAAUUAGUUGGAGCAACGGCCAUGAUGAUCGCUGCGAAGUAUGAAGAGAUCUACCCUCCACAAUUGAAGGACUUCGUUUACUUGACUGAAGAUUGUUUUACAGGAAGACAGUUUCUUAUGAUGGAGCGAGCCAUUCUGAAUGAACUCAAGUUUGAUGUGUGUGCUCCCACAGCUCAAUGGUUUGGUGCGAGAUUCGCAAGCAUCCAAAAUGCUGACAAAACUACCACGCACGCAAUGCAAUAUCUUCUGGACCUGUCUUUAUUAGAUGCGACUUUCGUCUCGUUCAGACCAUCAUACAUUGCUGCUGCUAGUCUCUGUUAUGCUAACAUCCUGACAGGUCGUAUUCCUUGGAGUUCUAAACUCGAAGAGGCUACAGGAAUUAUGGCCGUCAACUUGGAUAACAUUUUGAAUUUGCUUCAUGGAAUGUUCACAGAGGUUCCAAAUCGUAAACAUCGUUCCGUCUACCACCGUUAUUGCGAAGCGGACAAGAGCGAAGUUGCUACCCUUGAACCUCCUGCGACCCUAACGAUUUAG